AUGUCGACCCGCAAGCGAAAGCAGGACGCCGAGGAGGAGGAGGAGCUUCAAGCUCUCCCCUCGGACGAAAGUGACGAGGAAGAGGAGUAUGAAGAGUCCGAGGGUUCCGAGGUCUCUUUCGAUGACGAGGAAGAUGAUUCUGAGGUAGAAGCUCCUCCGCCAAAGAAGAAGACUAGGAUCUCCAAACCCAAGGAAGAUGAAGACGAGGAAGAAGAAGAACCUGAGCCUGAGGAUGAGGAUGAGGAUGAGGAUGACCCAGAGGAGGAUGCAAGCGCCGAUGAAGAGGCCAACGGCGCUACAAAGAAGGCUCCUCCUAGGGCAGAGAAGUCUCGGAAGGUCAAGCCCACCGCCACGACCGAGCCUGUGCCUGUUGUCGCCGAUGACGAUGAUGAGUAA